UGUAACUUGGGAAUAAAUUUUUCUCAGUGGGGUACCCGUAAAACUUUCCUUUCCCAAACCCCUGUGGGAAUACCAACCUAUAAAUACUCUUUCGAUUCCCAAUCCUCUUUCACUACGGUUGCAUGUAUUCCUUAUAAACCCUACAUCAUCCCCUACUCCCAUUAGUGUAUUUCUUCCAAUUUUGAUUAGUCCCAGAGGAGAGCAGAGGCCAUGGACGAUACGUGCGUUACGUGUGCGGAAAUAUUGGACUGGGUGGCUUACGGUCCGUGUGGCCACAGGGAUGUUUGCUCCACUUGCGUGGCUCGCUCUCGAUUCAUCUCCCACGAUCGCUGCUGUUCUAUUUGCAAGACCCCAUCCAACGUCGUGUUCGUCACCAAGGAUUUGGGAGAAUAUACGAAGAGGAUAGGAGAUUUUUCUGUACUUCCUUCGGAUGUGGAAGAGGGUAGAGUGGGGAACUACUGGUACCACGAAGGCACACAAGCAUUCUUCGAUGAUUCGGAUCACUACAAGAUGAUAAAGGCCAUGUGCGAGCUUUCUUGUAGCGUAUGUGAUGGAAUUGAUAAAUCUAGGAGAAAGGAAAAGUUCAAGGAUAUUGAGGAACUCAAGGGUCACUUGUUCCAUAAACACAAGUUGUUCAUGUGCAGCAUGUGUUUGGAAGGAAAGAAGGUUUUCAUUUGCGAGCAAAAAUUGUACACUAGAGCACAACUGACUCGGCAUAUAAACAGAGGAGAUGAGGAGGUGGAUGGAACCGAAAUUGAUCAAGGUGACUUCAUGGGGCAUCCUAUAUGUGAAUUCUGCAGCAUUCCGUUUUAUGGGGAAAGUGAGCUUUAUACACACAUGUCCACUGAACAUCAUACUUGUCGUAUGUGCCUAAGGCAAGAUGCAGGACAAUAUGAAUACUACAAGAAUUUCUCAGACUUGGAGGCCCACUUCCGGAGAUAUCAUUUCUUAUGCGAGGAUGAGGAGUGCCUUACAAAAAAGUUCGUUGUCUUUCUGUCUGAACAUGAAUUGAAGUUACAUGCUCAGGAGCACGAACAAGAUAGUCUACGUCGAACAGAAUGUUCUUGCCAGCAUAAUACUAAAGAUAAUGAACUUUCUUUGGCCACCCAAGUAAGUCUUGAAACGUCUAACGCAGCACCAUCCAGUACUGGGGUAGAUUCUGAUCGUGGAGAAAUUAGUAAUGACAAUACACAUUUUCCACCACUUGAAUCAUUAGCUAUUACGGACUUUGAGCCCUCUUUGAAAUGUUUUCAAGCCAUGUCUCAAAUUUCGUUCCCUCCACUCCCAGUGGCUCCCUGCAGUAGUCAGCAAAAUGGACACUUCCAUGCCUCUCAGACUUCGUUCCCUCUGCUCCCUGUGGUUCCCUGCAGUAGUCAGCAAAAUACUCGCUCUGCUGUUUUGCCAAAGAACACAAUGGCAUCACAUCUGGGCCGUCAGAGAAACAAUAAAAUGAAAAUCUUCAGUCCUGUCUCGGCCUGGACACCCCGUAAUCUUAAUCCUGCUAAACCAGCAAUUAUCCCUCCUCAUCCCUGGCCCUCGGUAAACAGUGCUUAUGGACCAUUAUCCAGCACCAGACAGAAUGUAACUGCAACAGAAAAUAGACCUACACCAUCUAGUUAUGCAGCUGCUGCCAAGGCUCACCAAUCAUCAAGGAAUUGUGGAAACCUGAGUUGGGACAGUUAUUCUACGUCGAGUCAUAUCCUAUCAGGAUGUGUAUCUUUCGACCCUUUGAUUACUGAAUUUCCUCCAGUUUCUGCAAUGCAAACAUGCAAGUUGCCAGCCACUGUCAAGAAGGUAAAAGACGUGUAUACUACAAACAAAUCACUGGUGGAAAAAAUUCGCCUUGCUCUUGGAUUUGAUGAGAACAGAUACUCUACUUUUAAAACAAUAUCUAGUGAAUAUCGGCAAGGUUUAAUGGAUGCUGAGACAUAUCUGGUAUAUAUGGAGCAAUAUGGAUUGCUCCAUCUUGUACACGAGUUGGUGGGACUCCUUCCUGAUGAAAGGAGGCAGAAAGAGCUGGUUGAGACCUACAAUGCUAAUCUUGUUGACACUGCUCGAAGAGAGAAUGGUUGGAACAAUGAGAGUCUCGUGAAAAAUGACCAGCGUUCCAAGAAAGACAAAGGCAUGAGUCAUGAUUCCAGAAGCAAUAUUUCUAAACAUAACGUUAUUGGCACUGUAAAAGAAGUGUCAGCAGGUUACAGUCGUUCACAACAAGACUUUGAAGAGCUGUCAAAAGAGGGUUACAGAGUUGUCAAAAGCAAAUCAAAGACGUUGGUUGAGGAUUCACAAGAAGAAUUGAGUAAACAUGGCAAAUCUGCAAAGCUGAAAAGCUGUGGUGCUGGAUCUAUUCAAAAUUUUGAGAGUGGUAAUGGAAAACGUAAACAGCGGAAAAAAUCUCGAAGUAUCAGAACCAAUGGACCAACAGCUUUUGCCUGAAUUGGCUUUUCAUGCUUUCAUCAUAGUUUGACUUUGAUUAUCAAUGGUAUACUUGCAGAUUGCUGGUUGUGCUACUUCACCUGUUUAAUGUAUAUGCAAAAAAGAAAUUUUGUUCAUUAUUUGCUUUCGAUAUUGUAAAGAGUUAUGUUGAACACUGUAAUCUAGAUGGAGCAGAAACAACUAAAGAUUCAACUACUUGAACUAUAUAUGCUAAUAAUAUACACCAUGCAAUACACACCAUUGUUCGACCUUUUUUCUUUUC